UCCUGUGAGUUUAGCUGAAGGUGUCCCUGUGACCCCUCCACCCUCUCUGCUGUGCUCUCAGAAAAGGUAGUGAUGCAGGUUUAGCAAUAAUCACUGUUUAUUCUAAGGACAAAGGGUGUGUGUCUUUUAGCUCUCUCACCGGCUGAGCUGGAAUGGCUGGUUAGCAGAUGAUCAGAGAGGAAAGUUUAUCAAGUCACAGAGGGCUGUCUGCUGGAGGAGACCACAUGUGUGACCAUCAAUGUGUGCACUGCCCCUGAUUGGGCACCUUAGAUCAGACCCCCCCCCCCCCCCCCCCAUGAUUUGGAUUACUGCUGCAUUGACUGAGCGCAUGCUGCCAACAAGAGGAACUUCACAUCAACUUUAGCAAAACUGGACUUAACUGGCAUCUAACCCAAGCCAAACAGGAACAGGGCAUACACUUCAUACAGUGUAACAGAAAAUCCGUUGCUGGCUUCCAGAUUAUCCAUACACAGAACCUGGUAGAACAGAAUUUGUUUUCCAUCAGAUUUCAAUAUGAUGUUAUGUUGCUGUCAUUCCCAAAAAGAAUUUGGAGUAUUAUAAGAUUUACAUUGGUUGGAGAUACAAUACUGGAAUAUUUGAGCUGAUAUCCUAACAUACAAUAUGACUCUGGACUAACAGAUGGACAAGAGAUCACAAUUUACGCAUGGACGCUGGAAACUGAGGCAACGAUGACACUAGCACUACAUUUCAGAAGAUGCCUUUCAUUUCUCUGCCGUUACUUUGAAUUUCAGUUUACGAAGAGGAACUGUGCUUUUAUAUCUUCUGAUUCUGUUUUUGCAUGCAUGUUGUAAAACACAUUUCAUGCUAUCACACAGGUAUUAUUUGGUUGUAUGGACAAUGCGUCUUCUUCUUCGGACUUGAUUAAGUACCAUCAUGAUGAGGUUGGGAUUUGUCUGUUGAGUACAAGGAUGGUACGGCGAGGACUACUGAGCUGGAUUUCUCGGGUGGGGAUCCUUCUUGUGUGCCUUUGCUGUCUUGUCUCUGUUUUAUAUAUGCUUGCCUGCUCGCCUAGACCAGAGGACGAACACCUGGUGUUGCCAAGGGUUAAUGGCCCUACAGGAAAAGAAGGAUACCAUGCUAUCUUGCAAGAACGGGAAGAAGAACAUCGCAACUACAUUACUAGCUUAAAAAAACAAAUUGCCCAACUGAAGGACGAACUUCAGGAACGCAGUGAGCAGCUGAAAAAUGUUCAGGGUCACUACAGUGAUUCUUUGGGAGUAAGUUUAGACCACGGAAGCCCAGAAAAGACACAGACUGACUUGAUAGACUUUCUACACACACAGGUCAACAAGGCCGAAGUACACAACGGCGUGAAGGUUCCUACUGAGUACGCAGCAAUACCAUUUGAGAGUUUUACUCUGCAGAAAGUGUACCAACUAGAAACUGGGCUAACUCGUCACCCAGAGGAGAAGCCAGUUCGGAAGGACAAGAGGGAUGAGCUUGCCGAGGCUAUUGAUGUUGCACUAGAAACUCUCAACAGUCCUGAUGGUGAAAACAACACACCCAGGCGAGUGUAUGGAUCAUCUGACUUUAUUGAAGGCAUUUACAGGACAGAGCGAGAUAAAGGCACCUUGUAUGAAUUAACCUUCAGAGGAGACAGACUGCAAGAAUUCAAACGUCUGAUACUGUUCCGGCCAUUCGGACCUGUCAUGAAAGUCAAGAAUGAGAAGCUCAACAUGGCCAACGUCCUUGUUAAUAUCAUUGUCCCUUUGGCAAAAAGAGCAGACAAGUUUCAGCAGUUCAUGCAGAAUUUCAGAGAAGUCUGUAUAAACCAGGAUGGGAGAAUUCAUCUCACCGUCGUAUACUUUGGAAAAGAGCAAGCUCAGGAGGUGAAAGCCAUACUUGAAAAUACCUCCAGGGCUGCGAAUUUCAAGAACUUCACGUUUAUUCAGCUGAAUGAGGAAUUCUCUCGUGGCAAAGGUCUAGAUGUUGGGGCUCGAGCCUGGAAAGGCAAUAACGUGCUUCUGUUUUUUUGUGAUGUCGAUAUUUACUUUACUGCAGAAUUUCUCAACACGUGCAGAAUAAACACGCAGCCAGGGAGGAGAGUUUUCUACCCAGUGCUCUUCAGUCAGUAUAACCCGGCUAUAAUAUAUGGGCACCACAACGCAAUCCCUUCCAUUGACCAGCAACUGGUUAUAAAAAAGGACACUGGAUUUUGGAGAGACUUUGGCUUUGGAAUGACUUGCCAGUAUCGUUCAGACUUCAUUAACAUAGGUGGGUUCGACCUAGAUAUUAAAGGAUGGGGUGGAGAAGAUGUUCAUCUUUAUCGGAAAUACCUUCACAGCAACCUGAUUGUGAUCAGAACACCUGUCAAGGGUCUUUUUCACCUGUGGCAUGAAAAGAGAUGUAUGGAUGAGUUGACUCCGGAACAGUACAAGAUGUGCAUGCAGUCAAAGGCCAUGAAUGAGGCCUCACAUGGACAACUAGGCAUGUUGGUCUUCAGACAUGAGAUCGAGGCUCAUCUCCGUAAGCAGAAACAAAGAACCAGUCAAAAGAAGUCAUGAUAACAGGACUGAAAGCAUGGUGUCCAUUACAAUAUCUUCUCUGUUAGCUGAAGAGAAUUGUGACAGUCGUGAUAUGGUGUAGGAAACUCAUGGAGAGAAGUUAAAUGGCUUGAGUACCAUGUGUACACCUCUAUUGAGAGUUCUGAGGGAGUCUUCCUCUGAGUCUUCUGGUUGAUAAAGGAAACCAAUGUUUUUGCUCACUGAAUAAUGAAUUGAGCAAUUAAAAGAUAUUUAAAUUGAAGAAAGAUAUUUGAACUGUAACACGCAUAUGACAAAGGAGUUGCUUUUACAUCGUGUAAAACAGCAAUUGGACUUUGCGAUUUUGUGUGUUCCCUGGUAUGACUUCUGCGCCCAGUGCUUUGUAUGGCUAUGCUUCAGAUAUGAAAAAAUUAACGGUUAAACUGCAGAUAUGAAGUAAUUAAAAUCAAUACGAAUAUAUUACUUUGCAAUUAAACUGGAAGAACCGUCGCAAAUUUGCAGUGCUGUGACCUGAUUUAAAGGGAUGUAGAGGUGAUCUUUUUAAGCCCUCCACAGCAAUAAAACUACUUUAUUCUGACAAUAUGCUCAAAAAUAUUAAAUGAAACAGAACUAAUAGUCGGCUGUCAAACCUCAAGAUUUUGCUGCAAAACAGGAAACCAAAAAUAAAGAGAAUUAAAGAAGCCAUAUGCAUCUGCAUGUUCCUGAACAGUGUUACGAAACACAGGUUAACCAUAUAUAAUAAUCACAAUAAGACAUUUCGCAGCAUUGGCAUUACCUAAUUGCAUAUUUGUCAGAAUUAAAAAAAAUCAGAAUCUUUUUUAUUUAAUUUUUUUGUUUAAAGAUGAUGGGUCAUUACCUUGACAACAGCACAAUUUACAGAUUUGUUAUUUUAUUUUGCUUGGCUUUUAAAAUUGUGACUUUCAAAAAUAUGUGAACAAAAAAAAAAAUAUAUAAGAGUGCAGAAAUCCUCUUUAAAAAAGACAAUGGCCUUACAAAGCUUGCUUUACACUGUGUCAGUGGUAGUGGUAGCUGUUGAGGUUUAGAGAUGGUGGAAAACGUAAUCCCCAGAAUUUGACUCUGCCUACAAGGUAGGCACUCUAUGCCAGCCUUAUUCUUUAGGAUGUCCAUAAAUUGAUGAUGGCCCAAUGCAAAACCAAUGGGUGAUGUCAGAAAUUCUGUUAGAGCAGACUAAGCUGUCUGAAAGGUCUAUACCCAAAAAAGACAUUUAUUAUUUUCUUCAACAAUGCCUCUUAAAGAGUUGCUUGGUCUCUUGGUCAUCUCCAGUGAUCAAAAUGGGUGGUUUGAAUAAACUGCAGGACUAAUCAUUUUUCUUACAUACAUAUACCAUUAGCACAAUGAUAUAUUUUUUUCUUAUUGUAACUAAAAUGUUUGG